CACGAGUUUGGCCAACAUUUGUUCCGCGGUUGAGAACAACUCGACGACGUCACACAGGAGGAAGAACAAAACAAGAUGGCGUCUGGCGGAGAAUACGUUGUUUUGGUUAUUAUGGUUUCUUGGUCUUAAUUACAACGUACAUGUGCACAUGUGUGUCGUUUAACAGAGUAAACGUCGUUUUUAAUUGUUUGUAUGCGGAUACAUUAGUCUGAGUGCACUUUGACGUGCUAGCCUAGCCUGCUGGUUAGCUUAGCUUGUUAGCUGCUAACAAAGAGAGGCGGAAGUGAUCGACACAUCAAAGCAGAGAUCCAAUACAUCUGUGAAGAACAUCGUCACACUGAGCAACAGAAGUGGAGCUUCAGGAUGUGGACAGAGGAGCCACAGCCCUCCCACAUUAAGAAGGAAAAGGAAUACCCACUGAUCCCCCAUUUUAAAAAGGAAGCGGACGAACCACUGACACCCCAUUUUAAAGAGGAAGCGAUGGAUUCACUGAGCCCUCACCUUAAGGACGAAGAGGUGGAUCCACUGACCUCUCACAUCAAGGACAAAGAAGAGGAGCCACUUACCCCUCACAUUAAAGAGGAAGAGGAGGAAAACCGCAUCAGUCAGCAGGGAGAGCAUCUUGAAGGACUGGAGGAGUUCCCAGUGACUGGUGUCCCUGUGAAGAGUGAAGAUGAUGAGGUCAAAGGUGAAAGUGAGGAGAGGGGAGAGGCGAAGCCUCCAAGCAGCAGCUUAACACAACACAUGACAACAGAAGCUGAUGGAGACCACUGUGGAGGAUCACAAGCAGACAAGCUCUUAGCUCCACUAUCAGAUAGUGAGGACACAACGUCACACUCUCCUGACACUGAUGAUGAAGACUCUAAAGAUGAUAAGACAUGUCACACUGACAACACUCACCUCAAAUGUUCUCUCUGUGACAAAACUUUUAAAUACCCUAGUGAUCUGAAAACACACAUGAGAAGACACACUGGAGAAAAACCUUUUAUAUGUUCAAUUUGUAGUAAAGGUUUUGUAGAACGUCGCUAUUUAAAAGUACACAUGAGAACACACACUGGAGAAAAACCUUUUAUCUGUUCAAUCUGUGGUAAAAGUUUUGCACAAAGUUCAGGUAUGGAAAAACACAGAAGAACACACACCGGAGAAAAACCUUUUAUAUGUUCAAUCUGUAGUAAAGGUUUUGUACAAAGUCACCAUUUGACAAUACACAUGAGAACACACACUGGUGAAAAACCUUUUGUCUGUUCAACCUGUGGUAAAGGUUUUAUAGAAAAUCAAUGUUUGAAAAGACACACAAAAACACACACUGCUGAAAAACCUUUUUGUUGUUCAACCUGUGGUAAAGGUUUUACACAAAGUCGAUGGUUGAAAGUACACACAAUAACACACACUGGUGAAAAACCUUUUUCCUGUUCAAUCUGUGGUAAAGGUUUUAUAGAAAGUCGACAUUUGAAAAGACACACUAGAACACACAGUGGUGAAAAAUCACAUUCCUGUUCAAUCUGCAACAGAAGCUUUUGUGAACGAUCAAACCUUGUAGCACACAUGAGAACACACACUGGAGAGAAAUCACAUUCCUGUUCAAUCUGCAACAGAAGCUUUUGUGAACGAUCAAAGCUUGUAAGACACAUGAGAACACACACUGGAGAGAAAUCACAUUCCUGUUCAAUCUGCAACAGAAGCUUUUGUGAACGAUCAAACCUUGUAGCACACAUGAGAAGACACACAGGAGAGAAAGUGUUGAGUUGCAGUGUGUGUGGUGAAAGAUUCUCUAAUAAGAAGCAGUGUGAGAAACACAAGUGUGCUGGUGAGAACAGCAGCAGCAAAUGAAACUGCAAGAUUUGAAAUAAACUGUCAAGACUUUAA